AUGACAAGGCAAAGAUCUGCCACCAUAGGGGCCAGAAGGCAUCGAAAGAACUCCCUAGUAAUAGUGGAUCCUCCCACAGUUGAGUACCAUCACUUGAAGCAUGAAACGGAUAGAAAUGAUCUGAAAAAGAAUGUCUCAACCACCCACUUGCACACAUUGGAGGAACAGUCAAGAAAAAAAGAUCUACUAUUGUGGCCACUAACGAACGAAGAAAAUAGAGAAUACACAGAGUACGUUAAGUCUGAGCUUUUGUAUCCUCAUAUCAAUGAAGUUCUAGAUUUUGAAUCCUACCAAACACUUGACACCGAAACGGCUGACGUGUUGGACGAAACUCUUGAUUAUUUCACUCAUGUACAUGAUGUCAACGGUUCGUUACUUCAGGAGACACAGGAUAUUAUUGACCAAUUGAACGACCUUCAAUUAAUCAAUGAGUCAAUCAUAAAUCAGACCAAAGAGUUCCAUGAGACAUCCAAUAAGCUUAUCACGGAGACCAAUGAGGAUAGGCAGCUCUACAACGGAGUAAUGGAGAUUUUGGAUGUCUUCAAUCAAUUAGAUCCUAUCAUUCACAAACUAAAUACUACAUCGAGUUCUGGUAUGGUUAACGAUGCUUCCUUUGCAGAGAUCCUUACCAAAUUGGACUUUUGUAUGCAAUUUUUAGAAACAGACGAACGAAGAGAGUUCAAAGAGUAUGCCAAAUACAAGACAAGGUUCAGGCAGUGUUUGAUAAGAGCUUUAACACUGAUUAGAAAUUAUGUUAUAGAAACUUUCAAGGAGUACGAGCCCAUAAUCGUUGCUAAAUUGGCUGAAGAGUCGGACCUAAGUUUUCUCCAAAAGAAGCUAGUAACAAACGAAGUAUUCACGGAAGAUUUGGGGGAGAAAAAUAUCAUUCAAUUGAUUUCCUAUUUGAAUGAAAGAUACAGUGCAGAUGAUGAGGAAAUAUCUAACCUGUUGAAGGAUAUCUAUGCUCAAUACUUUAGGUUGAGAUGGAAACUGGUCCAUUUUCUCGUUGAACCCCUAUUGCUUGAAAUCAAGGAAAACUCACUAGAUGUCGCUUUGAAACAUUUUGACUCCUGGUAUGGAUUGAUUAGUGACGAAAAGAAUUUGCUGGAAUCUUUCUUCACUGGUAGAAAUGAUUUGCAAACUCAACAAUUGAGCCAAUGGCUUGCCCAAGUAAUCAGCCCUUUACACGAAAUUUUGAAAGGAGAGAUCGCCAAAGUUCACGAUGUAGAAGAGUUGAAGAAAUUGCUAACCGAACUUCAGCAAUACAGAAACACGUCAAUGAGUGGAGACGAAGAAGAGGAGUUGAACUUGAACAAAUUUUUCGAACCUGUUAUCAACGAUUUUGAUAAUCAAUAUCUCGCACAGAUCCGUCAAAGAGUAACUGAUUCCAUCAUUAAUUAUGAGCCGUCGCCGAAAGAGCUGAAGUUGAGUGCCGCAACUCUGCCAGUUUACCCACCCAUCCUUGAGGUGUCCGCCAUUUUGGAAGAAUCCCAGUUGCUUAUCUCCAAAGCUUCUUUUGACCAUUUGGCAAACACUUUGGUUCACAUUAGCAUAUUGUCGAUACUAAAAAAUUAUGGAGGUGAACUGAAUCACAAAGUUGAUAAGCAAGUCAUAGCUAGAAAGUUGUUUGUGAUCAAGAGUCUGUUGCACCUUAAAAAUGAGCUUCAAACCAAAUAUGCAUUUAUCGAUUUCGGAACCGCAUCCAAGAACACCUCAAUUACAAGCGUCAUUCGCCAUUUAUUUCAUAAGAGUAACCCGGUUUUUGAACAUUACGUUGAGUUUGAUUCAACUAAGACCAACAAAUCAAGAAAAGACCUUCGUCUUUGGUUCCUGCCUACAGUUCUGACUCAAGACACUGACUCAUUCACAGAAUUGAGCCUCGUGCUACACAAAAUUAUCAAUGAAUUCAUUGUGGAUUAUGCCACGAAGAUUAUCCAAGAUAUCGACCCUCAAAACAUGUUAGACACUCUCACAUAUCAGAUAUCCCACCUAACAACGUCAAUUUCUACAAACAUUGAAGAUGAGAAGAUUACCGAGUCUUUGAUAGAAAGAAUUCAGGGCAGAAUUGUUGACGAGUAUGAAGCCCGCAAGCUGCCAGACACUGACCGCUUCUUGGUUUUCUUUAACCAGGCAAUAGCUGACGAUGAUACAUAG